AUGAACGAAAGCACGUUUCAAUGCUCAAUCUGCUAUAAUGAUGUGGACAAUAAAUCCGAAAUCUAUCGAAUAACAUCAUGUCAUUGCCAGUUUUGUCAACAGUGUGUACGUCAGUAUGUUAUCAGUCAAGUAAACAUCGGGUCAGCAACAAUACGAUGUCCGGCUAAUGGUUGUAAUGAUUCACUCUCUACUAACGAAAUUCGUUCUUUUCUUACCAAUGCUCAAUUUAAUCUUUACAACAAACUGUUACUUGAUUAUGAAGUAGCUAAAGAUCCUCGACGAUUUUUCUGUCCACAUAUGGAUUGUGGACACAUUUUAGCAGUACCUGAUGCACGAAAGCAACGAUCCAUCACUUGCACGAGAUGCCAUAAUCCAAUCUGCUCGAAAUGCCGUCGCCAAUGGCAUUCCACUGAAGAUUGCACUCGAUUACUAAUUUCUUAUGCGAAUCCGAUUCAUUCUGAUAUUAAGCAGUGUCCACGAUGCUCUGUUCUUCUUGAACGAGUCAAUGGCUGUGCCCAAAUAACCUGCGUUAUCUGUAAACACAUCUUCUGUUGGUACUGUUUGAGAUCUUUAGAGAACGAUUUCUUUCUUUUACACUAUGAACGCGGUUCUUGUCGCAACCGACUCGGCCACUCUCGUUUAUCUUUAUUCCUUCAUCGGCUGCUGACGAUCGGUUUGUUUUUACUUCUUAUUUUUCUUCUGAUCGUUACUUCACCAUUACUCAUCCUAAUUCUUCCAUACCUGUUCUGUUGUGGCCAAAAACAAAUUCGAAAUUAUUUCGAUCGAUCAUCGAGAGGGGAACAUCGCUCAUCCACUCCAUAUCAAUCUGUGAUUGAUAUCGUAUGA